AUGUAGUAGCUGAAGAAGAAGAAGAGGAAGAAGAAGAAGACGUAUCAGCAUAAUGAUUGCGAUCGGCGUAUAUAAGCGCGCGACUGCUGGAAGAUGAUCAUCAGUUGCCUGCCUCUUCGGUUGCAUUCUUCAGCUACGUGAAGUUCCACAGAUUUCGUCCCAAGCAAGAAACUUCCAGCAAUGAAGAUCUUUGUGUGUUUGUUUGCCGCACUUGUUGCCACCUGCUCCGCCGGCAUCAUUGGCGGUGGCGGCGGCGGCGGCGGUGGCGGUUACCAUGGACACGCCGAGGUUCGCACGGUGAAGGUCAUCCAUGAAGGCAGCCAUGGCGGUCAUGGUGGCUUUGGGCACGGCGGACACGGCGGACACCAUCAGGAGGUGAAGACCAUCAAGGUGAUCCACCAGGAAGCACCAGCUGUGCAUCACGGCUUCUCCCAUGGCGGCGGCUUCGGUGGUCACCAGGAGGUUAAGACUGUGAAGGUCAUUCACCAGGAUGGCGGCCUGGCUCUGGGCGGCGGCGGUUACGCUGGUGGCUUCUCCCAUGGUCACCAGGAAGUUAAGACUGUUAAGGUUAUCCACGAGGAGGCACCAGCACUUCACCACGGAUUCUCCCACGGCGGCGGCUUCGGGGGUCACCAGGAAGUCAAGACUGUAAAGGUCAUUCACCAGGAUGGCGGCCUGGCUUUGGGCGGCGGCGGCUACGCUGGCUUCAGCCAUGGCGGCGGACAUGGCCACCAGGAGGUGAAGACCGUUAAGGUCAUCCACGAGGAGGCACCAGCUGUGCAUCACGGCUUCUCGCAUGGCGGCGGUUUCGGUGGCCACCAAGAGGUCAAGACUGUGAAGGUCAUCCAUCAGGGUAGCGGCUAUGCUGGCGGCUACUCCCAUGGCAGCGGUCACGACAUCGGCCACGUCCACCAGGAGGUGAAGACCGUCAAGGUCAUUCACGAAGAGGCCGCCCCAGCGCCCAUUGCCGUCCACAACGAGUACCUGCCCCCAGCUGUCUCGGCUCCCCAGCCCGGCUACCUGCCUCCCGUUGGCGCCUGGAAAUAAUCUCCUCAACUGUGCCCAGUUGAUCUGUGAUUCGAACUGUGUCAUAACUGUGACCUCCUUUGUUAAAUAGUUUUAGUAACACCCCCCAUUUUUUUCC